AUGUACCGGAACGGCCCUCAUCAACAAAGCUACAGGAUCCAACCCGUUGCACCCAGCCAGCAGGAUAAUCCAUACCAGACGGAGAGCUAUGGGUCGGGUCAGGCGAUGGCUUAUGACCAAGAGGGGUUGAUUCAUGGAUCUGAUGGAAACACAAGGUACCAGAUGAUUCGCGAGAUGGAGGCGAGGGGAGCGCAAAUGUUGGUUCCUUGCCCCGAUGCGCCGGCAUACGCAUAUCGAGUCGGGGAGUACUCGGGUGGCAGCCAGGUCCAGCAGGAUCGCUCCCCUUCCAACAGCGCCCCAGCUCAACCCCUGAGCAUCGAGAAAGAUCCGAUUCUCGCCCAGGUCAUGGAGAGAGGACGUCGUCAGCGUGAAUAUGACAGGCGUCUCAACGAGAGCAGUAACAGCGAGAACUACUCUCCUGGGCAUGCAUUCAAGUCAAGUUCCUAUCUCGAGCAUUCCAAGGCGGCCGGAUGUGACUGUCCCCAGCGGAAGGAGGCGAGAGAUAAUCAGUGCAGCAGGCGCGCGAGGGAGAGAGACGAACUCCUGGGGAAGGGAAUCAAGACUGGGAGCUCCUGUGGGAGCAACGAGGGCCACCCUCUGCUUCCAGGCAGCCGGUCGGAUCCUCUGCCCUCUGCCUGCAUUGCUCCUCUGCUGCCUGUUCCUCCUCUCUCCGACAAGCCCUUCCUCCCACCUUGCUGGCUCUUCCUUAUCUUCUCCAUCCCCUUGCAGAUCAGCGCGCGUGCACGGGAUGACGUGUUUGGCAUCUAUGGGCAGGCGGGAUCAGGAGACUCCUACACGGGGAGGUUCGAAAUGAGGAGGGGAUUUGGCCCGGUCAAGCGCGGAACCAUCGGGCUGGGGUUGUCGCAGAAGAAUGGCGACACCAUCGUCUCCUCGCUCCUCCCCGGACUCCCUGCGAGCAACAACGGAAGGAUCAUGGUCGGCGACGUUCUCAUCUGUGUGGACAAUCGUCCGAUCCCGGCAGAUCUCAGCCAGACCAUCGCGAUGCUGCAGGGGGAGGCAGGCAGAGGCGUCACGCUGAUCUUGGAGCGUCGGGGAGCUGGCAUGUAUGAGAUUCAUCUGACGAGGAUGGUGAUGCCGGAAGGUCAAAAGAGGAUGGACGACAGGCGCAGCAUUCAGAGCAUGAAGAGAUCAACGGACUGCGGAGGAAGAAUCUGCUCGAUCCCCCUGUGA